AAUAUUUAAAUGCUAAUGCGAUGCACCAUGUAAAAUAAAUAAAUUGUUACUUAAGAAAAGAAAGAAUCUAACUAAAGAUUUAUAGGGGACAAGAGAAAGAAAGUAAAGUCAAAAACAGAACCGUUCAAGUCUGUAGAAGAAGAAGAUUCAUGGUAUGGAUCAUAAUAAUCAUCAUCAAUGGCGUAUGAUGAGAUUUUUCUUCAAGAACGCCACAAUUGCUCUCACUGUCCUCAACCUUCCCAUCUUUCAUUUCCUCCUCCAUACCUUUUUGAUAAAUGCAGCUCAGCUUCGGUACAUCAAGGAAGCUGAAGAGAUUAGGCUCGCUAUGCAACCUCUAGAUCUCAUCAAAACAGUCAGAGAAAUCGAACAGGAGGGAACUGGGGGACAAGAAACAGAGCAGCAGAAGCAGAACACAGCCGUUGAUCUUUCUAAACGCCUCAAGGAUUUUGCCUCCAGCUUGAAAGCAUUGGAAGAAUGGCGAAAGCGGAAAAUGGAACGAGCAAGACAACGUGAUCUUGAGAAAACCGGUGGUCUUUCAUUAUCCAAAACAUCAUAAAAGACCAUUAGUCCUCAAAAGAUGAGAGAUUAUCAUCAUGGCUAUAGAAAAUUGUUUAACAUUACAAGUCUCAUAAGAUAUUCAUGUUAGUGUCAUACAGAAAAUGUUUGAAAGAAGUAGAAAGGAAAGGAUCUGAAAUGUUGUAAUGUUUCCGACAUUGAACUCUCACAAACUUAUUUACACCAAACAAUAAUCAGUUAAUGUUAUAUGAACACACCUGUGGUUGAUCCAAUAACCUUAAUAUGUAAUCUCGGAUGAUGCUAAGGUUAUCUAUAGGGUCACUUCUGUGCAAAACCGAAUGAAAUAUUAGUCUUGAGCCUCUAAUAAUUUAAAAAACAAAAUAUAUGAACAUAUGCAAAAACAAUAACAUUUUAGAUCUUUAAAUUGGUAAAAAAGCUUUAAUUAAAUUUUUUAAUAAUCGUGUAGGCUUUCUUAGAUCUCAGGAUUGGCCAUGCUUGCCUAAAUAUGCAUCUCCAGUUUAUAAAUUAUGAACCAUUGUGGCCAGUACUAAUUAUAUAACUUUGAUUGCAAGUUACUUUCCUUCUUUAGAAACUUAACAAAGUAUAAGAAGCCACGUUGUAGAUAUAUAGUCGGUUACUUUUCCUCUUUAUCAUAAAUAAUUGCUGACAAAUUAUACUUACUUACCAAU